GAGAGAGAGAGAGAGAGAGAUCGCCACUAGUUUGGUUAGUCUGCCUUUUUCCAGAAAAGUUCAACGUUUUUACGAAAGAAGUAAAAGUGGAGCGGAAAAAUGGAGUAGUCGUAGGAAGAAGAAAACGAUGAAGAAGAAGAAGAAGAAGAAGUUAAGGUGCCCGAGUAACGGGAGAAUGCAUUUACCCUGGCGAGUCAAUGAAAGGUCGCGAGCGGAUUGGCCAGUGAAAGAGUAUAGAAAGAGAAAGAGAGAUAUAGAAUAAAAACAGUCGGAUCGAAGGACAUUAAGAAGUGUGAUAUGGCGUUAAAGAAUUCUCUCGUCGUAUACACACGUUACGUACAUGUGUGUCCUCUUUUUCCUUAAGAAACGUAAACGUGAGAGAGAUCUCGGGAACUAAAAAGAAUGCGAACGAAAAUAAUAAUUGUAUCGUUGUUACUUAUGCGCGUCGUCGUGUUCCGCAACAUCAAAAAAAAAAAAAAAAAAAAAGAGGACGAAAUAAGAAAAAGGAAAAAAAGAAAAGAAUUUCUCUCUUAAGUUACAAAUGGACACGAGAAAGUUUUCUUUUGAAUCGGUAAAUGCGUUUGUUCCUUUUAGCCUUUGUCGCUCUAGCUGGAUUAGAGGAAACUCCGUGAGACAGAAAGAAAGAAAGAAGGAAAAUUAGAAAGAGGACCAAAAAUUUUCUAGUACCCUUUUCCCCUUUUCUCUCUGGCACAUUUGUCUCUACUUUAUUAUUUCCUGUUGAAAAAAAAAAAAAAAGAAAAGAAAAGAAAAAAAAAAAAAUGUUGGUCGGUAGAAAAUUUCAUUCGAAAAAGAGAACAUAGGCAUACGAGCUUAAUGAGUAAGAAAGGAAGAAAAAAAGAGAGAGAGAGAGAGAGAGAGAGAGGUAGGACCAGUAAAUUACAAUAAAAAAAGAAUGAGUACGAUAAAACGUGGGGUUAUCCUUCUCUCUCUCUCUCUCUCUCUCUCUCUCUCUCUCUCUCUCUCUCUUUCGAUAUUUUUCGGAUCUUAAUUGCAGGGAAAUGGUGUGUAAUGGCGUGAAAUAUUGGUUAGAAAAAGAUGCUGACUCUUGUCGCAACCGAGGAAGCUUUUAAUCCGGCGGUGAACCAACGUGAAAAUGCUGACCCCAUAGAUUUCACUGCCAAUCCGUUAGAAAUGCCGCAAGAGGCUCCGAAAAGAAGGCGUUUCUGAAAUAGUAAACGUUAGAACAGAAUAAAAGAGAAUGAGAUGAGAAUAGAAGACAAAGGAAAGAAAGGAUGAAGAUAAAAGUGAACAUUGAUAAAGAUAGACGGUGAUAGACAGAUAAAGAGAAAAAUAGAAAAAGAGAGAAAGAAAGAGAAAGAGAGAGAGAGAGAGAGAGAGAGGAGUAAGAGAGAACGAAAAGCGCGGGAUAUGCGCGUCAGGGCCGUAGCUUCGUGUUGGUAUUUAGUGGGGCGCAGGCGUCGGAAAAUAGGAACGAUCCUCAGUCGUCGUGCGAACCCGAUACGACGCGCGGCUUCGCUUCACUUCGUUUCGCUUUUCAUGUGGAAUACUUAAACUCAACUAUUCGAUAGCAAACUACUUAACUUUCGUAAUAUAAUUAAUCGUGCGUUAAUAGGAAAUAUACUGUAAUUAACUCUUUUCGAUAAUAGUUUAAUCAUUUUGUUGCUAAAUACGAGUUCGAGUAAUUUCAAGUGCGUCGAUAAUACGAGCCAUUCCGUAUUAAUAAAUAAUUAACGUGAAUUCAAUCGGAUCUAUCUUGAAGUAAUACCCGAAUAAAAAUUAAAACGUUCAUUGAUCCGAUAAUGAACGUAAUUAGAAAGUAACGCGUUAACGCGUUAUCGCCAUAUUGAAAAAAGAUCUCGUACAUGGGACAUCGAGCAACGAGGGAGAAAAGGCAAAGGAAACAACGAUAAUAAGAAUAACAAGAGCAACAACUAAGAAGAUAGCUUAUUGAUAAGAUACAAAAGGAAUCGUUUCUACGGAGGUCAUUGUCGAUCAUCUCAUCUUGUAGGUCUUAUCAAUAAUCCUUGAACGAAUGUCGAACUCAGUACGAUUGUAGACGUCGGACAGGAUUAAGUUUCACACUUGAAUAUCGUGUAAUUGAUUAUGGAAAGUUAGUUGAACGAAGAUGUUGAUGAGCGCGUGUCUACCCUUACUAAUCGUAACUACUUCGUUUAAUCUGAUACAUCCGACGGAUGCAGUAAAUACAACAACGAGCUCUUCGCAAAAUGAAAAAAGUGACGAGGAUGAUACGAGGGAUGUUAUCAGACGUGGAGAAUUCGUAACCGAUGUCCUUGCACAAAACGGUGGUAGUGCUCUACUUCCCUGCAAAUUCACCGAUUCUGGAAUAAUAACAUGGAUAAGACGAAAGGACAAACAGCUUUUGACAUUAGGAAAAAUCACCUAUUCCAUAGAUACGAGAUUUACCGUUCUACCGGAUAAACCUAAUUGGAAUUUAUGGAUCAGGAAUGUUAAACAAGAGGACGCUGGUAUCUACGAAUGUCACAUACAAACGGACCCAGGGAAACAACGAUUGAUACGUUUGAACAUUACCAAUGCCUACUCCGUUAUACCAGGAAGUCCAGAUUUACAUGUGAAACAAGGAUCAAAUUUACGUUUGGAAUGUCGAUUGAUGGCGUUCGCAGAAACACCGAGUUUUAUAUUUUGGUAUCGCGACGAUCGUAUGAUCAAUUAUGACGACGAGCCUGGGGUCAAGAUCGAGGCUACGAAAAAUGGAUCAGUACUUCUCGUUGGUAAAGUUAGAUUAUCCCAUGGUGCUAAUUAUACUUGCUUACCGAGCAAUGCAAGGCCUACUUACAUCAGGAUACACGUUAUCGAAGAGGAAGAAAAUCCAGCGGCCAUGCACGAUAGCGGCGAUCGAAGAAGUUCAACGUCCAAUACGAGAUACGACAAUCUUGUCUUCGUAUACUUUCUUACAAUUUUUUCACUCGGAACUUUCGAAUUAAUAUUUUCGAAAAAUUACUUAUCAACAACGUGACUGUCAAUUUCAUAUGUCGUACUAUUUCUUAUGGAUCAUGCAUAUUGACGUAAAUUUUAUCAAAUAUUAUUGAUGAUCGAUGAUCGUGCCAUUAAAAAAAAAAAAAAAAGACGAUCGUUUUGUCGUUAAAAUGAUUCAUUAGAAAAGAAAAAAAAAAAAAAGAACAAAAAAAAGAAAAACAAAAAAAAAAAACAAAAAAAGAAAAGAAAAAAAAAUUUUACCAUCUCUCGAUUAUCAUGGGAUAAUGGAAUAUUUAAUAACGAAAUUGUAAUUUAUUUAUAAGUAACGUUAGAAUAAUCUAAUUCGAUUCGAAAGCUCUUAUGAAACACAAUACAUCUAUACGAAGUAUACUAAUAAACAUUGAAAAUUUAUUACUCGUAAUGUUAACUCGUAAAAAGAGAUUUAUCGUAAUUAAAAGAUUCAUCGUAAUCAUUGAUUUCUUAUGGAUGAUAUAAAAGAAAAAGGGAAAAAAAAGAAAAAGAAAAAGAAAAAGAAAAAAAAAAAGAAAAGAAAAGAAAAGAAAGAAAGAAAAGAAAUAAUUAAAAAUAAUUUUUUCUUUUUUUUUCAUCG